CACACAAUAUAGACACAUUUUUCAACAUUAGACAAGAGCAAAACAAACAGGAAAACAUACAUCAAAACAGAAAAACAAAAAAAAAAAAACAAAAAAUUCAUAAUAAAACUUGGUAUAUACAUAAGCGAUGUCCAAGCGCAUUGGCCAGGAUAUAUCUGGCGAUGGACCAAAUACCAAAAGACGUUCGUCCUCCAUGGAGGCGAACAGAAAUUCAGAAGAAUUUCAAAUAAAAACAAAGGACAGACUAAAUGAACAGGCUGAACCAGCAGAAUCGCUACACAGAGAUUGCAACGGUGAUGGUCAAGGUAUAGAGAUGCGAGUGGCUCUAUCGCCUACUAGCCAUGUGCCAGCCUAUACGGGUAAUGGACCGAUUUGUAAUGUUCCCUCGCUGGAGUCAUUUCUGUUUCAACAGACACCAGCUGGCAGUCAGUUGACAUCAUGGGUAAAUGUCUCCGAAUCCUUGACUUCCUAUAAUGAGGUAAAUCCCUUGCACUUGCCGGAAUAUACGAAUGGAGCUAUGUUAAGGAAACAGAUUUCCACCACAUCAAAAUUGUCACGCCGUGGGCAACUGCAAUUGUUGCGUCAAAAUGCCUUAAAGGCUUUGGCCCUGGAGCGGGAAUUGACAUCAAACAGCUCUUCCUCAACAGCGAAUCAAAGUGUGGCCUUAAUGAUACGUUUUCCUGAUCCAGAAAUCACCGCAUCUAUGGUCGCUGGCUAUUGCAAGGAGAUCACCGAUGUCUGUCUUAAUACUGGGAACGGUGGCAAUGUACAACCACGAUCUUGUUUGGUUUAUUUAAAAUCAGGAGCCGAUGUGGGAAAGGCUAUCGAAGAGCUGAAUCAGAUACGUUUCGGAUCAGGGAAUCUUCAGGCAGAGCUCAGAGCCUUCACCGACGAGGAACAAGCAGAAUUGAUUGAUCCCUGUUGGUUGUAUGUUAGCAAUAUACCAUUUACCAUGACGACGGGGGCUAUCAAGGAGUUCUUUGUCAACUCUGUGCGGGUCGAUAUUGGUAUACAAAAGCGUUUAAAACGGGCACGUUAUGCCUUUGUACGCUAUGCCAGUCCAGAAAUAGCCCGCGAUGCCUUCCGGGAAUUGGUCGAUAGUCAAUUGAAUAGUCGCAUUCUAACUGUUCGCUAUCGACGCAAACUAAAACGUACCACAGCACCGCCAGUCCAUCAGACCGUUGAACAAUCAAACAAUUCCGAAAUGGCACUUAAUGCAACCGAUGACGAUGUUAAGGUUUUAACACCGCCUCCGGUUGAGUCCAUAACCAUUAGCGAUGAUAACGAAGAUAAUGACAAUUCAGAGGAAAGUAAACUAACCAAACACGAUAAAGACAUCAGAGAGCUGAAGAAACAGCUAGAGGUACAGGCUAAACUUAUUAGAGAUCUACAGACCAGUCAUCAGCCGAAGUAUAAAUCGGAAUGCCCAGAACACAGAUCUAUCAGUAAAAUCGAAAUGGAUCAAACACCGAUUGUUGAUCUGGCGCAGAAUAUUAAAAUGGAGCGCUCCUAUUUGGGCAUUAAUGAAACGAAUGAAAAUAAUGUGGAUACAAUUGUGAUGCCAGUCUAUGUGCCAACCACUCAGCCUCUGGAUAACUCCCUGCAACUCGAUGACCCCCAAUUGGGGAGCAACACCAACAAAUUUUUCAAUUGUUUUGGGCGGCUGUUUUCAGGUAUAGCACGCCGCAAGAGUCAAUCAACUGUCGGACCACAUACGGACGACAAUCGAGGAGGAGUUUCUGCUCCUGGUCCAGCUCCAGCACUCCAAUCGAAUGAGGCGCGCCUGGAAGAGCUAUAUGCCCAGUUAUAGAGUCUGAUUUUAUUUUGCAUUAAAAUCUAAUUAAAUUUUCUGUAAGCCAAGUACAAAAAAAAAAAAAUACUAUGCAAUAUUAAAUAAGUUUACGAUAUGGUUUCUA